GGUCGACCACAAAAUAUCAAUCAAAAUUCCAGAUUUUUUAUUUAUUCGUAUCAUCCUGAAGAUUUUCUUUCUCUGUAUCUCGGUAUCAUCGUCGACCUGUCUGAACCUGAUAAGACUCGAAAUCAUAUUCUUGAAGAUUGUCCAAAUAAAGAUAGCAGCUUUUCUACUUGGGUUUUGCUAAAUCCAAAAUUUUGAUUUUCAGCUGCUUGGGUUUUCAUUGGACAAGGUUUUGCUGAAUUGGGUUGGUCUUUAAUUCACUUGAAGAUAUGAAUUUCAGGAGCUUGGAGGAGUUCUGGCCUUUCUACAUGAACCAGCACUCGAAGCCAUCGACAAGGCGUUGGCAUUUUGUGGGGACCCUUGUUUCUAUCUUCUUCUUCCUCUGCUCGCUGCUGUUUAAUUGGUGGCUUUUGUUUCUUGUGCCUUUGGCUGGGUAUGGAUGUGCAUGGUACAGCCAUUUUUUUGUGGAAGGGAAUGUUCCUGCUACGUUUGGGCAUCCAUUUUGGUCUCUCUUUUGCGAUUUCAAGAUGUUCGCUUUGAUGCUUACUGGUAAUAUGGACAGAGAGAUCAAGCGGCUGGGGAAGAGGCCUGUCUUGCAGGGAUUCUAAAUCUAAACCGGUAUCUUCUCAGUUCUGCACCGAACUGUUACCUACUGGUCUAAGUUUAGUGGCUGUAUUUUCUGAUUUACUCUGUAAUUUUGAACAUGUUUCUUAUAUUGAGUGCAAAAUAUAGACAAGGGAUAUUCAGAAUUGCUAUUUGGGUUUGUUUAUGUUGGCUUCAAUCUGCGAUAGCUCUUUUUUCUUUUUUUUCUUUUUUUUGUGGGCAUCAGUUAGGUUCAUAUUUGUCCUAGGAGAUCGGUUACAGAUUGAAUAUGAAACUUGGAAUUUCAUUGAGCAAAUA